CAACAAAAGGAAGUGAGGCUUUUGCGUACUGAAUAUUUCAGGUUUAUAAUAUCUAGAAUAAGCAUAUAAAUACGGAUUUAUUUGGUUUUGUUCGGCUCAAAAUCAGAAUUUGAACCAUCUCGACAGACAUUGACUAUUAAUGUGAAAAGUUUGUUCUGAAACAAUCUGAAGUUGUUAAGCUCUUCCCGGGGCCCUUUGGGGCCCAGGAAGACGAUGCAUCGUGGUGGGGAUAAGGACUUUCAGAUAUCAGCUCGGAAGAUGGGCACAUCCUUGCUUUUCCAGCUGUCGGCUCAUGAAAGAGAGUUGGAUCUGGUGUUUCUGGACCACAGCUAUGCCAAACCAUGGAACGCCCACCCAGAUGCCAGCAGUGCCCGGCCCACAAGGACGCUGUUUGUUACCCCUCGUCGCCAAACCGAAGCCUUGUCAGAUGCGGAUUCUCUGUUAGAUGUGGAGACCGUGACAUCGCCACCGGUUCCUCUCUAUGAUAAUCAGAAAGCUCUUAGUGUGAUGAAGGAGUGCGAGCGUCACGUUCUGUUUGCUCGCACGGUCGCUGAGAGUCCUCCACCCCCUGAUGACUGGGAGGAACAUGUAAACAAGACUGGAUGGUCAGUGGCCCAGAACAAACUGUUCAAUAAAGUCCUUAAAGCUCUACAAGCUGAAAGGCUGGCCCGGCUGGCCAAUGAAAAUGCGUCCAAUGAGCCAAUCUUGCGGAGAAUAGCCGUGGACAAGUGCGCCAGGAAGGUGCGACAUGCAUUAGCCAGCGUGAACUGGGAUAGCAAACUGACGCAGUGGUUACACACGACCAUGAUCGAAUCCUUAAGUCUCGCUAUGCUUGCUGCUUACCUGGAUGUGCUGCAGACUCUCAAAAGCAAGUUGCCGUUGCUGAUCGACAGAAUGUUGCUGACAACAGCAAAGACUGGCACUCCGAGUGCAGAGGCCCUGUCACUGCUCUUGAAACGUCCCUGGGACCCGGCUGUAGGAGUCCUGUCUCAAAACAAACCGAGCAAACUUCCUGGCUCGCCGCUCAUCUUAAUUGCACCAUCAAGCCCAACCAACCCCGCCCUCUCUACUUCAAGGCGAAUGAGAUUCUGGCAGUCGCAACUCUCGUGUUUGGGAAAGGUCAUUCCAGUGCACAGUCACGUGAACAGCGGAGCCAAUAUUGGCAUCACACAGUGCUUGGAGCACAUGCUGGGCACCGUCAGAGCCAAGGUCAUGGAGGUUCACAGUCACUUCCCCCACAAACCCAUUAUCUUGGUUGGCUGGAACGCUGGUGCUCUCAUCGCCUGUCAUGUAUCUCUUAUGGAGUAUCUGACCGCUGUCGUGUGUCUCGGCUUCCCCCUGCUUACAGUCAACGGACCAAGAGGGGAUGUGGAUGACCCGCUGCUGGACAUGAAGACCCCAGUGCUGUUUGUGGUCGGUCAGAAUGCUCUGCAGUGUAGCAUAGAGGGCAUGGAGGAGUUCAGAGAGAAGCUGAGGGCAGAUAACAGCAUGGUGGUGGUGGGAGGAUCAGACGACAACCUCAGAAUCAAUUCGGCAAAGAUGAAAUCAGAGGGACUAACGCAGACCAUGGUAGACCGGUGCGUUCAGGAUGAGAUAGCUGACUUCUUGUCAGGUGUUCUCACACGGGCGGAGGGCCACGGCCAUGGCUCAGGGGAGAUGAGGGACCUGGACACGGAGAAGAAGAAAAGGCCUCGGCGGGAGCUUCCCUUUGACAUGGAAAGAGGACGACCGUCCUCGCCUGCACUUAGAGUUCCCAUCUCACCUUCAGGUUCAGAGGAUCUGUCUAGCGUCUGUAGUAGUCCCACUUCAAGUCCAAAACCUAAGAUGUCUGGUCUCUCUCCAGCACAGAAGUCCAGUCUGAUUACAGCCACGCAGCUCCUCAAGACACACAUGCAACGCUCUGGCACAGUACUAACGCCUAAGCAGGCUCAAGCUCAGUUCGCUGCUUUUAUGAAACAAAACAUGCUUGUGAGGAAAAAUCUUCCUCCUGGCACCCCUCCUUGUAUUUUUGUGCCAGUGACCAGUGAUCAGGUGGAAGGCCUGGACCGAGAUGAACUGAGGUCCCAUGGCAGGAGGAGGCAGGCGCCGAGUCCCACGCCAAGCAAAGCCACCAAGAGAGCAAAGAUCAAGGUCACCAUUGUUUCCCAAAGCGAGUCAGCAGGGGGGGGCACCAUCAGCCCUGCUGCACAGGAAGUGGGUGUCUCCGGGAAGCCCUUAAGAGUGACAGUGGGACAGGCUGUGGCUGGAGCCAAGGAGCUCACUGGACUUCUCACAGGCCAGCGGUCUGGUAGUCUCUCAGAGGUAUCUGCUGCCCUGUCCCCAGGCUCCAGCUCAUUCAACAGCGUGCAACCUUGCAUGGUGUCAGGGUCCUCCACACCAGUCCAAGCGCAAGCUCCGGCUACUGCCGUAUCAGCGCCUUCCGCCAGCAGUCUACUACGAGGCCUAAGUUUCAAUCUUCAGGAGAUAAUCACCAAAGCUCCUAGCUUGGCCGCCACAUCAGCCAAUACAGGCAGCACCCAGGCGGUCUGUGGCAAGCUCCAGGGUCAGGUCCUGAGCGCCGUCUGUACCGGCAACAGUCCUCUGCUCCGUGCGUUGCCCGUGGUCACCACAGGGGGAGUGGCCAAAACCACCGCCAUCCACCAGUUGCUCACGAAUGGCGGGCUGGCCAAGCUUGCCAGCAGCUUGCCCGCCUUGGCGCACAUCAACAAUCAGACCGCCGGGCAGAAAGCCCCCACUUCCAUAACGGUGACCCUGCGUGGAGCACAGUCGAGUAGAGCGCGGUCUCUCUGCCCAGCUGCUGAGGUCGUAACGAUGGCUCACAACCUUGAGCCCAAGCAAUGAGAGGUGUCCAUCUGUGAAACUCCUGGUGUAAGCGGAUGCUGAGCCAGAGGCACCUGUGAGCUGCAGCCUGCUGAUGGAAGUGCCCCCUCCAUGCAAUGACACACACACACACACACACUCCACCCAACAACAUGCAUCACACCUGCCUCACAUCCUCCAGGGAGCUCCCCUGUGGAGAUGGUUGGAAAAGGCCAGGCAGGCAGUCCCUGUCGGCCGUGGCUGAGCCGAAAGGUACCGCGUUAGUAACACUGCGAUGGUGGUCAGCCAGUGAGAAAACAUCAUCACACGUUAUCCUCAAAGGGGGAAAUUGUUUGUAUCAUGUGAGGAUCAACUGCAACCUAUCUGGACUGAGAUGAUAUCGCUGCGAUUGAACGAUUGAAACUAAAAUGAUUUAGUGUAUAGUCUAAAUCCUUUCGUCAUGAAUUUAUUUGUAUCGUAUUUAUCAUCAGUUAUGUCACAAAUUGAUAUUUUGGAAUAUCUCCAUACUACAUUUGAAUGAUGGCUGUGGUUUCCAUAUUAUUUAUAUCUAAUUAUAUUCACACCAUUACAGGGUAAUAUUAUCAUAAUUGCUUUUUGUGUUGCGGUUUUCUUUCAAUGGGACAGACAACUUCACCAUAUAUAGCACUCACUUUAUAGCACAUAAAGCACUCCGAGACAAAUUUGUAAUUUGUGAAAUUGGGCUAUACAAAUAAAUUGAAUUGAAUAUAGGUCUGAAAUAUGUUAGUGAGAACUAAACUUCAAGGCUAAUUAAAUGUCAGUAGUGAUCAUUCUUAUUGGAUUGCAGAAGUUACGGUGUAUUGUCAAAAAUGCCUGGAGUUGACUGUGCGUCUUACUUUGAAUAACAUGCACUCAAGAAGCUGCAUUACAAGAAUGUCAAUCUGUAUUUACGAUAAACUGCAUGUGUUACAUUAGUUUCCACUAAACUACGGCAUAUGCCCCGUCUGCAUUGUGUCAACACUUCCCUGUAAAGACUUCAGGGAUUUCCCUGAAGACACUCAACUGUGUUCCAUGUUUGCGAAUCAAAAUAUUUGGCCCCGUGUGUUCAAUAUUUGUUUUGAGCAAGCUAAGCAACUCUUCUUAUUCAAAAUAUAAUGAAGGGGCCUGCUCUCAUGCAUGAUAGUUAUACUGCCGUGUUUACAGCAACAGCAUAAAUACAGCCCACUCAUCUCAGCUGACAUCCUGUCUUAGAUUCCACACACAGGCAGCAAGUCAGAUAAGAUAAAGUGAAGAGUGUGUCUCCUCCCUCUUACAUAAGGCAGGCGUUGUGUGUGAUGGGCAGAGACAGGGUAACUGAUGGCAGUCAGACAGAGCUGCUGGCAUAUCAUCAUCAUCAUCAUCAUUAGCAGCAGUUGAUACUCAAGAAAUUCAUCUGAGGUCUCUUCAUCCAGACUUCACCACAGUUCUGUUAUUUUAUAUAUGAAUGAGUUUGAUGAUUGCGAAAUCCAGGGAGACAUGUAUUGCUUCGUGAAUCAAUCUUUACAUAUUAUUAAGAAAUUGGCUAAAGAAUGAUACAUUAAGAAGAAGCAUAUAGGGAAAUCUCUUAAUUUAUUUUUUAUAAUUAUAUAGAUUACACGUUCAACACACGGUGGAUUGCCAGUUAUGUGUUGUUGCAAGUCGGAAGAGAAUGUUAUAUGAGGAUUGUCCUUGUGCAUUAAACUUGAACUGUGCCUUUACAAACAGGAACAACAUGUACAAUAGUAUAGAGUUCAUGUUUACACUGAGCGCGUGCAUCUGUUUACGCACAUGUUGAUAUGGAGGGUCUAAAACAUGCAAAAGAAAAGCAGGCAGUAUUGAAGGAGGACAACAAAUUGAAAAUACAUGUUAUUCAUUGUACAAAUUGAUACAUUAAUAAAACUACAACAUUUGCCAAACUGA